GUCACUCCCACAUGUGUGUGUGUGUGAGUGUGUGUGAGUGACUCUCGGAAUUGUGUGCUGGUUUUCUGCUCUUGUCUCGAUCUCUGAGGGCUUUGUGGUGUCCGCUAGCAGAAUGCCUCUGGAGUUUGAACUGUGUCCGGGCCGCAUGAUUGGAGGAAACCACCCGUGUUUCAUCAUCGCGGAGAUCGGACAGAAUCAUCAGGGAGACCUGGAGAUCGCCAAGAAAAUGAUCAAGAUGGCCAAAGAUUGUGGUGCAGACUGUGCCAAGUUCCAGAAGAGCGAGCUGGAGUACAAGUUUAAUAAGCGAGCUCUGGAGAGACCUUACAACUCCAAACACUCCUGGGGGAAAACAUACGGAGAGCACAAGCGCCACCUGGAGUUCACACAUGAGCAGUACAGGGAGCUGCAGCAAUACGCUCACGACCUCGACAUCUACUUCACCGCCUCGGGCAUGGACGAGAUGGCGGUGGAGUUUCUCCAUCAACUUAAUGUGCCGUUUUUUAAAGUGGGAUCUGGAGACACUAAUAACUUCCCGUACCUGGAGAAGACGGCUCUGAAAGGGCGGCCCAUGGUGGUCUCCAGCGGGAUGCAGAGCAUGGAGAUCAUGCGACGUGUGUAUCAGACCGUGAAGAAACACAACGAGAACUUCUGCAUCCUGCAGUGCACAAGCGCCUAUCCUCUAGAACCUGAGGACGUCAACCUGCGCGUCAUCACGGAAUACCAGAAGGCAUUCCCAGACAUUCCGAUUGGAUACUCGGGUCAUGAGGAGGGGAUCAGUGUGUCAGUGGCGGCUGUGGCUUUGGGGGCAAAGGUCAUUGAGCGUCAUGUGACUAUGGAUAAGAGCCUGAAGGGAAGUGACCACUCCGCCUCUCUUGACCCCUCUGAACUUGCCGAGUUGGUAAAAUCCAUCCGAAUCGUGGAGCGGUCUCUAGGCAGCGGCAUCAAGCGCAUGCUGCCCUGUGAGGUGGCCUGCCAUGACAAGUUGGGGAAGUCUGUAGUGGCGAAGACGGCGAUCCCUAAGGGGACGAAGUUGACCCUGGAGAUGUUGGCGGUGAAGGUGGCCGAGCCGAAGGGUGUAGCUCCGGAGAACAUUUUCGAGCUGGUGGGGAAGGAAGUUGUGAUGGACAUCGAGGAGGAUGAGAGCGUGACGGUCUCAGCUGUUUCCUGAGAACUUUCUUCAACAUUUCUCCACCCAAUACUAAUAAAAGAAGCAAACGGG